AUGCCAGGCGCAGAGACUACCAGGUCAUCUGAGUCUCUUGACACUGCUGCGAUAUCCAGGAAAUCUAGAAGCUACUGGUCCCACAUGGUUUCUCACUACGAGAAACGCAAGGCUUCCCUGGAACAACGUCAGACAGAGCUGGCCGAGCGUAUCCAUCUCAUGGAGUGCGCGGUUCCAUCCUUGCUCAUGGGGGCGAUGGUGUCCAUAAAGCGGAACGUCGAUCCUUCGCCCAGAUUGUUGCAGACUGGUUUCAGGCCAAGCGAGCAGCCAUCGACUAGCGCCGGCAGUGCAAAUCCCGAGGGAAGAGAUGCGCCAAACUGCGGAAGUAACGAAUCUACGGGACUGCGACGGGUCAAUGCUAGACCGGAACCAGGCCGCUUCUGCAAAAACACAGACUUCAGACCGUAAUUUGAGAAUUGAAAUCAUAUUUUAGUUUGCGUGGAAUCCGAAAGAUUCGUUUCCCAUCAAAACUUGUACACGUGUGAAAUAUAAGUCUUGAAUUCUGCCGAAACUUUGAUCAUUUGCGAUCUUUUGCAAUAUUAAAUGAGAUUUCCUAACAAACGAGGAUCACGAGAUUACGUAUGAAUAUUUACUUUCAUAAAUGUUUUAUAAUUAUACUUGAAUGUGUAUUGAAAAUUCUCUUACGUUUUUGGAUGACGUUGACUCGAUUCUUCUCCUCAAUU